GGGGCUCAAAUCUGCACAGAGGCAGAAUAACUCGGGUGAUUUCUAUACAAGUGAGGACUCUAUAGAGGGGUUCACCUGCAUUUUUUGGGGGGCUUUUAUUUUGGAGACAGAUGCCAGUGGUGCAUGUGUGAGUUUCCCCUUAUCUCUCAGGAAAAGGAAACACCUCCUCCUCCUCCUCUUCGAUACAUGUGAGGACCGUUUCUGUCUGGUCCUCCUCCUCUAGAGGAUGACAGGGAGUGGAUCAUAGUGGAGGGUGUUGCUCCCUCUCCAGCAGCUACAUCAGCUCCUCUGUCACGAACACUGAGUGACCAACAACCUCUCACUGCUCCUCCGUAUAAAUUAUGGGGAUGUUAUCUAAAUGUUGGCUGACAGAACAGGUCCAGAUUUGGAUGUAAAUUCUUUGUUUUUCCAGCUGGAAACUUUGUGUUAAGUCAACCUGUGCAGCUCUCAUCCCGCACCAAGGACCUGUCGUUGGUGUUGGAGUUCAGUGUGGAGCAGAAAGUCCUGGAGAUGGUAGAUAUUUGAUUGCACAGUGAACCAGGAUGGAGCCUGUUAAGAGAGACUUGGAGCUGCUCAGUAACAGCAUGGCGACCUACGCUCACAUCAAAGCCAAUCCAGAGAGCUUCGCCCUCUACUUCAUGAUGGGCGUCUGUUUCGGCCUGCUCAUGGCGCUGUGCCUCAUGGUGGCCGCCAUCGCUUGCAGGACUCGCCGCCACGGCAAACCUCCCCCUUCGCCCGAGAGGAGACAGCUGAAGGAGUCCAGCGAGGAAGAGGAGGAGGAGGACGAUGACGAGGAGGAGGGCAUUGCAGAGGAAGAUGGGGAGGAGGCGGAGAUCCCCAAAGUGACAAUGAGCGAUCGCAGCAGUCAGUCUAACGGGACUCUGAGGAGCGUGAACGUGUUCGCGUCAGCCGAGGAGCUGGAGAAGGCGCGGCGCCUGGAGGAGAGAGAGCGAAUCGUCAGGGAGAUCUGGAGGAACGGACAGCCGGACAUCCUGGUCACGGGGACGGGGACUAUUGGACGAGUGCAUUACCACUAACAGACACUUUGACUGUGCCCUAAAGAUCCACCUCUGACUGCAAAGGGCAAGACACACACAAGAGGUCAAUAUCAAAAUAAGGGACUGUACGGAAAUGAUUGUGGGGGUGAGGGGAGUGAACCUUACGGGUCAUUAAUGUUUCAACCCCCCUCAAACAAGAUUAAUAAAACACCAUUAAAUUAGUCCAACUUGUUUAAUCGUGUACCCCAAUUUAAACCUUAAAAUCUUAACUCAACUUCUAAUGUGCACACAUUAAUAAAACACUGAUACAGAUACAUAUCUGUUACAUUUGAAAUAAGUAAUCAUAUGAAUAAAUACACAAAAUAUAUUUUGCAAAGCAAUAUUUAUGAUAUUUUCAUAUCCAAUACACUUUUAAAACUCAGCUCAAUGUUAUGAAAUGUGAGUAAAACCUGUUUGUCCUGAUUGAAAAAUUGGCAUUAUAUCACAGGGGAAAAUAUCAUUAUGAAAUAAAAAGAUAUCUUGGGGGGAAAAAAAACACAUUUAUAUUUUGAUUUAUUUAUAUUUUACUCUCAGGAGGAUAAAAUAACAUGAGCUGAGUUUAAAAAAAAUGUAUUGAAUUAUUUCAGUGUUAUAAGUUUAGUCUGUAAUUAUUUAUUCAUAUGAUUAUUCUUAUUCUUAUUCAUGAAUUUCAACAUGUUUUGGUCUCCAUAGCUUUUCUUUUAUAUUGACAUUAAAGGUCCCAUAUUGUAAAAAGUGAGAUUUCCUUUAUAUCUUUUAUAUUAUAAAGCAGGUUUAGGUGCUUUAGGUGGAUUUCUGUCCAUUUGUGAUGUCACAAAUAUACAAUAUUUAGA